AUGCGUCACACGCCAACACGUGCAAGCCGGCUUUCUCCGCGUGCCUGCUCCCGCCUCCCCGCAACCCCCAGACCACACGCUUGCGUCGUCACAAGGUGCCCCGGCAGCUCGUCCCCCUGCGCUCCCUCUGCGUUGUUCGGGUCGUAUCCGUCCGCCCUGCUGCCCUCGCGCCAGUGUCUCACCGAAGCGAAGAUGGCGACCGGCUCCUUCUCCGCCGCUCCGAACGCAUCCGCCAGUAACGAGGGUAUCCUCAUCGGCGACCGGGUUUACUCCGAGGUGUUCCUCACCAUCGACAAUUCCCUGGUGCCGGAGGAGCGGCUCUCGACGACGCCGUCGAUGCUGGACGGCCUGGAUCUUGAGACGGAAACGGACCUGCGCAUCCUGGGCUGCGAGCUCAUCCAGUCGGCCGGCAUCCUGCUCCGGCUGCCGCAGGUGGCCAUGGCGACUGGACAGGUGCUCUUCCACCGCUUCUUCUACUCCAAGUCUUUCGUGAAGCACAGUUUCGAGAUCGUGGCCAUGGCCUGUGUGAAUCUGGCCUCCAAAAUUGAGGAAGCACCACGCCGAAUAAGGGAUGUGAUCAAUGUUUUUCAUCACUUGCGCCAGUUAAGAGGGAAAAGGACUCCAAGCCCAUUGAUUCUAGAUCAAAACUACAUUAAUACCAAAAAUCAAGUUAUUAAAGCAGAACGGAGGAUUCUGAAGGAGCUGGGCUUCUGCGUACAUGUCAAGCAUCCACACAAGAUCAUUGUCAUGUACCUGCAAGUCCUUGAAUGUGAGAAGAACCAGACGCUGGUCCAGACUGCCUGGAACUACAUGAACGACAGUCUGCGAACAAAUGUGUUUGUGAGGUUUCAAGUGGAGACAAUUGCUUGUGCCUGCAUUUACCUCGCAGCUCGAGCUCUACAGAUCCCGCUGCCCUCCAGGCCACAUUGGUAUCUUCUGUUUGGGGCCACAGAGGAAGAGAUCAGGGAUAUCUGUGUCACCACCCUGAAACUUUACACAAGGAAAAAGCCAAAUUACGAGCUGCUAGAGAAGGAGGUGGAAAAGAGGAAGGUGGCUCUCCAAGAGGCCAAACUCAAGGCCAAAGGCCUGAACCCAGAUGGGACCCCAGCCCUUUCCACCAUGGGGGGCUUCUCGCCAGGCUCCAAGCCAUGUUCUCCGCGAGAGUCGAAAGGGGAUGAGAAGUCACCAAACCCUCAGGUGCUGAAGGCAGUGAAGAAGGAAGCCGAGGACCGACCCCAGGGUUCGAAGAGCCCUCAUAAUGGCCUCAGGAAGGAGAACAAGUUAAACCGGAACAGCAGGAGUGAGAGUCGGUCACGGUCGAGGUCGCGAUCCCGCUCCCGUUCACCUCGCAGGCACUACAACAACCGACGGAGUCGUUCGGGCACCUACAGCUCGCGGUCACGCAGCCGCUCGCACAGCCGCAGCCCGUCGCCGCGACGACACCAGAACCACAGCUCACCGCCUCUGCUUCUGCCUCACCUGAAACCUAAGCACCGGCCGGAGGAGCUGAAGCUGCAGGCUCGCCAUGGACACAAGAGGAAGAAGUCGCGGUCACGCUCUGCCAGCAAGUCCCGUGAGCGUGAUCGAGAGCGUGAGCGUGAGCGGGACCGUGUCCCGUCCGACCAGAGUGCCAAGAAGCACAAACACGAGCGUAGCAGUGCUAGCAGUGGUCACCACCGGGACCGGCGGGAACGGUCCCGGUCAUACGACCGUGCACACAAGAGCAAGCACCACAGUAGUGGGCAUUCAGGUCAUGGCCGACACCGGCGCUGAUGGAGAUGGUUGUGGGCUUUCGCCCCGUGCUCGUGUGUUUUGCUUUUUUUUUCCUUGUUUUUGGCAGACCUUUAGAUGUAAAGUUACAAACUUGAAUCUACAUAUUUACAGUGUAAAGAUGGUUUAAAUGCCAAUGUAUUACAAAGAAUGCUUUGAUUUAUAAAAGCAACUGUUAAGGGGGGGGUGGGAGG